UGAGAUAAGACUCGGAUUGGGAGGGUUUCUCCGAUUAUGUUGUGGACUGUAUAGACAGACAGCUUGCAGAGAAAUGUGCGUGCUGCUUUAGAUUGCUACAAUGAAGUGUGUGUUUCUGCAUGGAGUUUUUCUUCUCUCACUGUUGUCUUCAGCAUCAAUUACACAUGCAGGGUCAGUGAGGUCCAUCAGGUCACCGUCUGAACCUGUGCAUUGCCUGUGGGGCUCCUGGUCCAGCUGGUCAGCCUGUGAUCGCUGCUCCAAAACACAGACACAGAUCCGCUUCAUAGCAGUCUUCUCUCAGUUUGGCGGUCAGCCUUGCACUGGAAGCUCAACUCGCACACAGACAUGCAUUUCGACUCAGGUCUGUCCCCUAGAGGAGGGAUGCGGAGGACGUUUCCGAUGCCAGUCUGGGAAAUGUAUCAGCCUAUCUUUAGUGUGCAAUGGUGAUCAGGAUUGUGAGGAUGGUUCAGAUGAGCAGAGAUGUGACAGGAAACCGAUCUGUAAAAUCUCUGAAAAGUCUAUUCUGGAAAAGCCUCCACCGAAUGUAGAGAUCACUGGUCAAGGGUUUGACGCAGUGAAGAGAGAAGCCAGAGGAACUGUCAUCAACACUAAGAGCUUUGGGGGUCUGUGCCAAAAGACCUUCAGUGGAGACCACAAAGACUUUUAUAGACUUCCUCAAAGUGUUCUCAGAUAUUCUUUCCAAGUAACAGCAAAAAACGAUUUUACAGAUGAGUCCUUUGCCAGUUCUUGGCACUACUUAUAUCACUAUGAAAAACAUGAAAAAACAACAGGCACAGACUAUGGGCACGAUGAUUAUGUCUUCCAUGAUGAACUAUCACAGUCUAAGUCCAAAAAUCUGAUGAUUUUAAAGAGUGAUGUGGAAGUGGGCCAGUUCAAGAAUCAGGACCCAGAAUAUCUGCCACUUUCAGAAGACUUCUGGAAAGCUCUGGUGGCACUGCCUGUUGUAUAUGAUUACGCUGCCUACCGCAAUGUGCUGGACAGAUUUGGCACCCACUAUAUUUCAGAAGGCACUCUUGGGGGCCAUUUUAAAUUAUACCUGAUGGCCAGCGAAGAUGUUAUUUCUAAACUGAAAUCUGAGAAAAGAGACUAUGAGGAUUGUGUCGUAACGAGCCAUUCAGUCAUGUUUUUUAUUCGGUGGUCCACAACAUCUUGCACGAUAGACACUCUUGAUAAAAGCGAACCAUUUUAUAGAAGCAUACCAGAAAAUGAUAUGAAAACAGAUAUCAUUGGUGGAGAUCCUGGAUUUAUUGCAAAACUGUCAAUGUUUAACAAAUACGCUGAAAAAGAGAAUGCCAGGACCUUUUCCCAGUGGUCUGGUUCACUGAAGUACUAUCCACGCAUCAUCAAAUCCAAGCUCAGAUCUCUACAUGAGCUGGUGAAAGAAGUGCCGUGUGCAGGGCUGAAAAGGUUUCUCUUAAAGCGUGCAAUUGAGACAUACCUCACAGAGAAACACUCAUGUCAAUGCAGAGAAUGCCGGAAUAAUGGGCUGCGUGUGCUGGAUGAAAACGUCUGCAAGUGUGUGUGUAAACCGGGAACUAGAGGCCAAGCCUGUGAACAUGGGACGCCAUAUGAUGAACAGCCAGGAGUGAUUCACGGAGACUGGGCCUGCUGGUCUUCAUGGAGCAGCUGCAGUGGAGGACAGAAGAGCCGCAGACGCUUAUGCACCCGUCCUGCUCCUUCAGGCGGCCGCGACUGCCUUGGGAACACUGAAGAGAGGACAGCCUGUGAAGAUGAAGAGGAAUUAAACCACCUGCGCUCAAUGGAGCCUCACUGCUUUGAUGAUUCAAUUAAACCCAGGGAAAGCUGUAAAACGCCGCCCUACCUUCCUAAUGGCUUUGUUUUGUAUCCUAAAGAUGUGUAUCCGGUGGGAAGUAAGAUUGAGUAUACUUGUAUCGAAGGCUAUCAUUUGAUUGGUAAUGCUAUAGCUAAAUGUCAAGAAGAUCUGAACUGGCUGCAGUACCCAGUGGAGUGCAAAAAAACACAAUGUGAUCCUCCUCAGCUUCCUCCAGAUGUCACCGCAAACCCCUGGAAACUGAACUAUAACAUCGGUGAAGCCAUCGCUCUCUCCUGUCCUGAAGGCAAAGUCAAAGAAGGUCUGGAUGAGAUUCAGUGCAAUGCUGGCCUUUCCUGGUCACCACAACCAAAAAACAUCAAGUGUCUCACAGCAGUAUUAAGGCCGACGGUUGCGACAGUAAAAUGCCAGCCAUGGGAGAACCUGGCAAAGGACAAAUGUGUGUGUAAAGUUCCUCACCAGUGCAAGUCUUCUUUAGAAGUGUGUGUGACUGAUGAGAAACACGGUCGGACACAGAGGCUGAGUGUGUGUAAAGUUCAGGCCAUGCGGUGUCUGGGUCAUCAGUACAGCCUUGCUGAAGACUCUGCCUGUCAGUGGACAAAACCAUCAACCAAUGACUGUACACACUGCACACUCGGAGAAACGUGCGACGAGCAAACGAACAGCUGCCGUUGUAAGACGAGUGAGGAAUGUUCAUCUCCGGACACCUGGAUCCAUGUGUGUGCUCAGCAGGACAAAGCGUCUGCUCCAGUGACCAUGACUGAGUGUGAGGCGGCCAUGAGGAAGUGCAGAGGAGAAUCCAUCCACAUUGUCAGCAUUCAGGCCUGCCAGUCAUAAACGCAGAGCCUCACUGACAAAUUAAACAUUCAGACCACAGUUUAUGGUGAAAUGAGGGUAGCAUUUCUGUAUUCGCUUUCUUAGGCUAACAAAAGAUUGAGGCAAAAUCCCUAUGAGUUUGCUUAAGAAACAAUGAAAUAGUUUGACAGGUGAAGUUGAUUGUGCUUCUUUUGUUAUACAGAAAGUUUGGACAGAAGUACAGUAUCAGUAGCAUCAGUGACAUUUUUGUAGAACAAUCUACAUCACCCUUGUUCCCCCCAAAAAAUCCAACAGAAUUUGUAAAAUGGCUUUGGAUUAUUGCAGAAGAUAAGCUUUGUGACAAAUAAAACUCAUGAAAUAUAAUGAUAAUUUUGACAAAAAAUGUUAUUUUUAUUUUUUUAAAUACAACAACACAUAAUAAAACAAAUUACAAAGGUUUUUCUAAUUAACUUAACUAAAUUAAAUCUAUGACAUGUUAUAUGAAACUUCCCUCUCCCUAUUUCAAAGUCACAAUGUUUUUAAAUAAUCAUAAAGAUUUUAGAAAAUAAAUAUAAUUUGGAAAACAAUGUAUCUAAAUAUAUCUUCUAUAUAAAGUACUGAAAAGUCCAUUUAACCCCCUUAUCCACAGGGUAGUGAAACUUCAAGAAAUAUGAAAAUGGCUUCUCUCUCUCUUUUUUUUUUUAAAUAAGAAACUAAUAGAAUAUCAAGUUAAUGUAUUCAAACUGCAGGUAAUGCUGUGUCAACUUAAAAUUAGAUUUAAAAAAUCAGCAGAAACAAAUUAAAAAUAUAUAGUCACAAUUUAGUGCCACCUUCAAUCAAUUUUCAACAACUAUUUCAAUAUUGAAACAUUAUUUUCCCUUAAAGUCUGAGUAAAGGAAUAGUUUGCAAGAGUGUAGUCAAACACAACAAGAAUGCAGACUAGUGAGUUGUUGUUUUUUUUACCCCCAUUUAUGGUUUAUUGGAAGCGCUUCGAAAAUUACUACAGCAAUUUUAUUAUAUCAUGUAUUUUAUUACGCAUAAACAUGGUAAUAUCUUGAGCUUAUAUUAACAACAGACAUAUAUUUCAACCAUUUAAGAAAGAAAAAACUAGACAAAUAACUCUAAAAUGCUAAUUCCUUUUUCCAAAUUUCUAAACAAAAAUACAGCAUCCUUUCUGCAGUCCAGUCAUCAACAUUUUUGGUCUGCUUUCCCAUAAGACUAGUGUGUGAUAAAAUUGUUAGUUUUGACUAUUUAUUUACACAACAGGGUUAUUUUUGCGACCUGAAAAUUUAAUCGCUUUCAAACUUCAAGUAUAAUGUAAUAUAAUGAUAAUUAUGGAGUCAAUCUAGGGCCAUAUAUACUUGUAAAAUAAAAGAAAGUUUUAUGAACAAAAAAUAAAGUAUUGAGCAAAAAGAUAUUAAAUAAAAAUUGUAAAAAAUAAAUAAAAACAAAUCUCCAAAAAUCGCAAAGCAAAAAUUAAGUUUUGAGAAAUAAAGAUAAAAUUUGCUAACAAAAAAUAACUGCAAAUAAAAAUCAGGCAGUGCAAAAAACAAAAAUAUUUACAAUUAAAAAAUAUAUAUAUAUAUUUAUAUUUGCAAAACAUUUUUAUAGCAUUGCCUUUACAAACCCCGUCUAGUCAAUUCUAAUGCUCAUUUUGAUUUGCUUGUCAGUCAUGCAUGAGUUUGCAAUGCUGUUUUCAUUUUGCACUUCACGUUUCUGCACGUUUCACUUUGUGGCCCUGAUUUGACAAGGAGGUGGAAUCAAGGAAAUUUGGGUGUUUACAGUAGGCCCAGACCUGCCUCCAUUUAAGCAAUGUCAUCACCUGGAGACACAGUAUCACCGAGGUGGUCUUACAGCUCAGUAGGUCCGGGCCUGCCGUAAACGCCAAGUUCCCUUGACUUCGCCCUCUUGUCAAAUUAUGGCCACAUUAUGAAACACACAGUAACAUGAAGUGCAAAGUGAAAACAACAUCGCAAAUGUACAGUAAACUAAAAAGCAUAUCAAAAUGAGGCAAUGCUAUAAAAAUGUUUUGCAAAUAUAUAUGGUUUUUUUUUAGCACUGCUUGAUUUAUAUGCAGUGCUUUUUUUGUUUGCAAAUGUAAUUUUAUUUCUAAAAACUUAAUUUUCCCUUUGCAAGUCUUUAUUUUUGUUAGCAAAAUUUAUUUUUAUUUCUCAAAAAUUCAUUUUUUGCUUUACGAUUUUUGGAGAUUUGCAUUUAUACAUAUAUUUUUGCUCAAUACUUUAUGUUGUUUGCAAAACUUUGUUUUAUUUUGCAAGUAUAUAUGGCCCUAGCUUGACUUCAUAGUUAAUACUUCUCCCAGUAUAAAAAAAAAAAACAUAAACCAACUCAUAAUCACCAGUAAAGGUCAUCAAUUUGCUUCUGGAAAUGAAGUCUGAAAGGCUUAGAGGCUGUUCAAUGGUGUGCAGCUCACUGAUUUUUCAUGUGCGUGAUGAUGACACAUUGAUUGUACAAUAACUGAGGCUUCAAAAUAAAAUGUUUUUACAAUUUUAAAACUUAAAAUGUUUUUAAGUGUGCAAAUAUGGAAUCAGCAUGUGUGCGAUAGCACUUGUCACAAUCUUGAUUGUUUUUACCCUUCACUCUGUCAAGAAAUUUGCAUGUGAUUAGCAACAUAGUGCUUCAAUACAAAGUAACAUCGCCAUCUACUGGCCUGGCAUGCAUAAUACAGAAUUGAUAAGUUUUUAUGUGGAUUUUGUAUGCAGAACCUUUCUGAAAUGCUGUUUUUUGUGCAUUGUUGUUAUGUAAACAAUGUACAGACAAGAAUAAAACUUAAUAACAUA